CAACUAAAAGUUGUAAUAGCUAUUCUUCCAUUUUUAGAUGCCUAUAAAUGUCCUUCAAAAAUCAAAACACAUUACCCACAUUAAGCUUCAGAAGUACUAGCAACAAUCAAAACAAUACACCUUCGAGGCAACCGAAUCACAACAAACAUACAUCAACUAUGGAUCACAGAUCAUCAUCAAAACAUGAUACUCGAGUUGAGAUCAAAUCAACUAACAAGGGAUUGCUAUUAUCUAAACCUUAUGAACCCUGUCACUCAAUUUCUUCCACUUCUUCCAAGACCAAUGGCGCUGAAAGAGAAGCAAGUUCAAGUCCCAAGUUAAUUGAAAUCAUGAAACAGAAGUUGAGUCAUGGUGCCCAAAUGAUUCAACUAGGUAGCACUCCAGCAGGUGCAAUUGCAGGCAUACUUUAUGUGUCUACAGAAAGGGUUGCAUUUUGCAGUGAUAGGUCCCUUAAAACUUAUUCUCCCACAGGCGAGCUGUUAAAGUUCCAAUAUAAGGUGUCAAUCCCUUUAGGGAAGAUAAAAGGAGUAAGAGAAAGCAUGAACACCAAGAGGCUAUCGUAUAACUAUGUGGAGGUAGUGACUGUUGAUGAUUUCAGCUUUUGGUUUCUGGGCUUUGAAAAUUAUAAGAAAACAUUAAGAUAUCUCCAUCAUGCAAUUGGCCACGAAUGCUUAUGUAAUAGAUGUUGA